AAUGCCACAAUUAAUUUUGCUUCUCGUUUUAGUGAACUAAAUUGCUUAGCUAAUGAAAUGGUCAAAGAGGGGCUAUCUUCUAAUGACGCAUAUGAAUUAAUGCGUGAAAUGAUGAUGGAUGCUAUUAAUAAGGUGCAACGUUUGAAACUCGUCACUGAUGAAGAAAUUGGACAAGAUGUGGAAGCACAUUAUAUGAAUGCGGAGUGUUCUCAAAAUAUGGUUCAUGAACCAAGUCAAGCAAGAACAAAAGGAAGGCCUAAAGGGAAGAGGUUAAAGCCAUCGAGAGAGAUCCGCAAAUGCCGGCCUAGGAAAUGCAAAUUAUGUGGAAAGAGAGGACAAAAUCAUGAUAGCAGAAAUUGCCCUCUAAAGUUGUCAAGUGAUUCAAUGGAACAAGAUAAUAUUGAUGAAGCCAGUGAUGAUUUAGAAGAUUCCUGUGAGGAAGAUGAAGUUCUCACUAUUGCAUGAAGUUUGAUCAAGGUUGGUAGAGCAAAUCAUAGCACUAUUGAUUGUCCUUCAGUAUCUGAUCCAAUGUUUUAAAGACUCUCAGUAUCUGAUCCAAUGUUUUGAGC